AUGCCUAAACAUAAAGAAUACACAGUUACAUUAAUUUCUUCAGGCCUAAUAGUAGACGCUCUACAUUAUGGGCCUUUUUGUCAUAAUUGGUGGAUUUCUAGACCUUCUGAAAAACGCGAAAAUCCAAUAUUUCUUCACCCUAUUAGAUUACGUAUGAAAACUCUAGUUAAUUUAAAAGACCGGGACUUUAUUAUUGAGGUUGUUGAAACCUUUUCAAAUUAUGGUCAAAUACCUGGAUAUAUUUGCAAAUGUGAUGGUAUUCAAAGUGAACUCUGCGAAUCACUUACAGCUGCAGUUAAUAGCGUUUAUAAAGAGAUCUUUCAGACAAAUGCCAAAUAUUCUGGGCCUGCAGUAAUGGGGUUUGACAUACCAAUUAUUUCUGAAGCAUUACUAAAGGAUUUACCAUUUCGUGCUUUCCUAUUUCCUUUAGGAAAAUUAAAUAUAUGGGUAUUGGGAAUUGGAAAAUCUAAUAAUAAUGAAUGGAAUUUUGCUGGAACGGGAUAUAAGACUUCUUUUAUAUACACAUAUCGAAAAAAAAGAUGUGUCUUUGUCCAGGAAUUAGAGGAUGAUAAUUGUCAGGUCACGAUAUACUCAGGAAAUGAAAUAUGUAAUAUUUAUGUUGAUAAUAAUCCAGAAUUGGUAUGGAAAGAAGUUGCAAUUUUACAACAAUAUGAAGGAAAAGAAUUGUUUGGGCUGGAAAAUAACAAAAUACAACAAUUGGUUUUGUCAACGCCUAGUUCAAUUAUCAACUGGCAAUUGUUAUUUAAUGAUUGGCGCUCUGAAACAUCUACUAUAAUAGAACUGCGAACACAAUUUAAAAAAUUAUAUCCAUUUAAUCACAAUAUCAAUGAUCGAGAGUUACAUGCAUGGAAAUCAAUGUUGAAAAAUGUGGGAUGUACAAAAAUUACUCCCUUUACUAAGGAACAAUCAGAGUGUGAGUUUUGGUCUAGAUCUUCCGCUCCAACUGUUGAUCAAAAAAAUCUGAUGAUGCUAUACAAGCAAGGAUUUAUUAAUCCAAUACCAGUUCAUUUUCAAAAUAAAACUGAGAUUUUUUGGGAUUCAUUUCGGGAGGCAGUAAAUAUUAACAAAAUGGUCACACAUUUGGGACAGUCCAUAUUUGGUGAUUAUAAAGAGAUGUGA